UGGUAACAACUGUUGAAGCGCCUGUCGUCGUAUGCGGAGCAAAUCAUUGUUUUAAUGAGUAGCUAUUACUUUUCCUGCAGGCGCUUUCUUCCUGAGUUUUAGGGCGUGGUUCAACCCCCCUCACAAUAAAUAAGUCAUCAGAACGUGCAAGUUGUAUUUAUUUUUUUUGAAAACCUUCUGGAAUACCUAUAGCGCUAAAUCCAUUUCAAAUCAAGUUAAUUCACAACAUGGUCCUUCGAAGCUGGAUGUUGAGUGGAUAUCAUCAGCAAUAGGAAUUUGGAGUUUGGAACAGUUUGGAGGUUAUGACGAUUGAGGCAAUUAUAUGGUGUUAAGUCAAGAUUAUUUAAUAACCCAGCACUCUAAUCAGGUAUUAUCUAAAUGUGAAAUUACUCAUUUGUAUAUCAGGUUGACGUUGUUCGACUCCCAGAAUGGCCGGGGAUGAGGUGGUAAAGGAUUUAGUGAAAAAGAGAGGCAGUUUUAAGGGACGAUUGACUGGUUUCAUUAACUUCUGCACAGAGUUAUCUAAGAAAGAAUUAACUAGUUCUGACGCGAGGGAAUUGCAGUUGCGUUUAAGUAAACUUCAGUCUUUGUAUGACCAAUAUGACGAGGUGCAGUUGCAGAUAGAAUGUUUAGUGUUAGAACCUGAGCCUCAAUAUACCGCACGUACUGAGUUUGACGCGCAGUACUACCGUGCUUUAGCCGACGCCGAGGAAAUGUUGUCUACAUUUAAUAAGGCUAAUGAGCCGCCGGCACCUGCGGGUAGUGAUAAGAGCACUCAUACAAGUAACCGUAAUCAGCUCGUCAAGUUGCCUACAAUACAGUUGCCAAAAUUCAAUGGUGUUUAUGAGAGUUGGUUGGAGUUUCGUGACACUUUCACUAGUCUUGUUCACUCAAAUGACGACAUUGACGCAAUAAAUAAAUUCCACUAUUUACGCGCAUGUUUAGAAGGCUCUGCUGCCGUGGUAAUUAAUUCCAUUGAGUUCUCGGCUAGUAAUUACUCAGUGGCAUGGAAACUGUUGUGCGAAAGAUUCGACAAUAAACGUCUGCUAAUUCAUAAUCACGUCGCAGCGUUAUUCAACAUUGAAAAUGUCAAAGAGUCUUCUGCUCAUUUAAAACGCUUAAUUGACCAACUUAAUAAAAAUAUUCGGGCUUUAAAGUCCUUAGGUGAGGCUGUUGAGCACUGGGACACCUUAUUAAUUUACAUUGUGACUCAAAAGUUGGACCUCAAAACCUUUAGAGAAUGGGAAGAGUACAAGGGCCGCUUAGAAGAGGAUGACCCUAUCACAUUCAAAAAGUUCAUUAAGUUCAUACGUAAUCGCGCGGACUUGAUUGAGACGUUAGAGAUGUCACGCAGUGGUCCCGCAAGUACCUGCAACAAGUCCAAUCCUAAACUGAAGUCUAUGGUCGGUGUGCAAAACACUUCUAAUGCGCAAUUGUCAUCUAAGGUUUGUCCUAAAUGCAAGGGUAAUCAUACUUUAACUGAUUGUUCUUCCUUUUUGGCCUUAAGCAACGAAGAACGGCUGAAGUUAGUCCCCACUUUCAAAAUAUGUUACAACUGUUUGACAGCCGGUCAUUUUGCAAAUCGUUGUAGGAAACAAGGGUGUAAAAUCUGCAAACGUCGUCACAAUACAUUGUUGCAUACAACUGAAUAUAAAUCGAUUGCAAAUGCACAUAAUGAGAAUGUUCACUUACCUUAUAAUGAGCCUUCCACUUCCAAGUCGCACACCAUCGUCUGGAAAUUGUACUAGUGAGAAUAUGGUCCUGUCUGCAAACGCCACUUUAACUUCUUCGGGUAAUACAAAUCAAAACGAUGUUUUAUUAUCAACCGCUCUAAUUAAAUUGUGCGACAAUGAUAAUCACGAACACGUGGUUCGCGCCGUACUCGAUAGCGGUAGCACGUCGUCCCUGAUCACUGAGCAACUUUGCCGGCAGUUAAAUUUAAGAACCAGUCAGAUUGAUAGGUCGAUUCUGGGCAUAAACAACGUGACCUCACACGUAGGUAAAACUUGUCAGGUUAAUAUGAAGUCAUUGGAUGACAAUUUUGUGGCUGACAUCAAUUGUUUUGUUUUACCGUCAAUUACAAACUGUGUACCCAGUCGUGAGGUCGACAUAAGUGAUCUUAAAAUACCUUCAGACAUUUGCUUAGCCGAUCCAACAUUUUAUAAGCCCGCUGAUGUGCAUAUGUUGAUUGGGGCCGAUCUCUUCUGGGAUCUGUUAGGAUCGCAGAAAAUAAAGUUAGGCGAUAAAAAACCUGUUCUCUGCGAAACCAAGUUGGGUUGGAUUAUAUCAGGUCCUGUUUCUAGCUGUCAUGCUACAUUAUUGUCGAAUGAUAUUCGCUGUAAUCUGCUUAAAACGACGCACAGCCCUGGUAGCGCUGAUAAUUGUGGCAUCGAUUUGACUCGAUUUUGGCAGCUGGAGGAAAUUGAUUCCAAGUCAAAUCAUUUUUCACCCAGUGAAAAAUUAUGUGAGGACCAUUUUAUUAAAACGACUACCCGUCUCGAUGAUGGUCGUUUCUGUGUCCGUAUCCCAUUGAAACAAAAUCCUGAUGUUUUAGGGAAAUCAUUUGACCGAGCCGUCCAAUGUUUAUAUUCUCUGGAGCGUAGACUGAAAAGCAAACCUGAUUUGAGUAAAAUGUAUUACGACUUCAUGGCAAAGUACCAAUCGUUAGGUCAUAUGUCUGAGUGUCAGCAACCUGAUUCGAACUGCAAUGCCUAUUUUAUACCCCAUCACGGAGUCUUACGCGAAAGCAGUACAACCACUAAGCUCAGAGUGGUGUACAACGCAAGUUGUCCUACAACGUCCGGGGUUUCCAUGAAUGACAUCCAAAUGGUUGGACCUACGGUUCAGGACGACCUCCUGUCUAUACUGAUUCGUUUUAGACAGCAUAAAUAUAUAUUAUCGGCAGAUGUCGAAAAAAUGUAUAGACAGAUUGUCGUCCAUCCGUCUGAUAGGUAUUUGCAACAGGUCCUCUGGCGCGAUAAUACGUGUCAACCUGUCAAGAUCUUUCAACUCAAUACCGUGACCUACGGCACGGCUAGUGCCCCUUAUCUUGCCACACGAUGCUUGCGGCAGGUCGGGCUCGAUUGCAAGGAUGAUAGGAUCGCUGAAAUCAUCAAGCACGACUUUUAUGUCGAUGACCUGCUUACCGGUGCUGACGAACUGAAUGAGGCCCUUAAUAUACGCACAGAGAUUACUAACGCAUUUGCCCAGGUAGGUAUGUUAUUAAGAAAAUGGAAAUCUAACGAAUCUCAGUUAGUGCCCGAUAGUGAAACCGCACUCCUCGAUUUAAAUAUAGGAACUCAUGAGCCUAGCAAGCUGUUAGGUCUUGGUUGGCACGCAGAUUCGGAUGAACUUUGCUUCCCGAUUGGUUUUUGUUUACCAAAUGGAAAUAGUAAGCGUGACGUGUUGUCAGUUAUUGCACAGAUCUUCGAUCCAUUAGGUUUAUUAGCUCCAAGUGUGAUCGUUAUGAAAAUGUUGUUACAGAGAUUAUGGUUAGAGAAGGUCUCAUGGGAUGAACCCUUAUCUCAAAGCAUCCGCAAUCUUUGGGAUGAAGUUUUAAAGACAUUACCAUUAUUGAACACCAUUCGGAUUCCUCGUGUAAUUGUUUGUAACAUGUAUAAGUUGUUACAACUACACAUUUUUACUGACGCGUCAGAGCGUGCAUAUGGUGCGUGUGCGUAUGUUCGCACUACUAAUAGGGAUGGUCAAGUUUUGGUUCGCUUGUUAAUGGCUAAAAGUCGUGUAGCCCCAAUCAAAGCCACGACUAUUCCGAGGCUUGAGUUGUGUGGUGCUCUCGUGGGUACUCAAUUGUUUGAGAAGAUAAGUAGUUCACUUCGGGCUACAAUUGAUGAAGUUUUUUUUUGGACUGAUUCUACCAUCGUAUUGGGUUGGUUGCGUAUGUUACCUUCUAAACUUCAGCCGUUCGUACGCAAUCGCGUUGCUGAAAUUUUAGAUAAGGCAGGCAGCUGCACUUGGCUUCACGUCCCAACUGAUAAGAACCCUGCUGACCUAAUAUCGCGCGGUAUGAAUAUUAGUGCCAUGCUUAAUUCGGAGUUCUGGUGGACAGGUCCCGAUUUUUUAAAACAAGAACCCAUUCAAUUACCUUCUCAGCCCACACAUUCUGGGAAAUUACCGGAGACUAAACUUGAAACUACAUUGAACGUUACUGUUACUGAUAACAAUAAUGAAUUAAUUGACUUUUCGCGUUUUUCUAAUUACUCACGGCUUGUACGUACCGUAGCUUACGUUCUGCGGUUUAUUAACCGCUGCAGAAAGCAGUCAUUGUCGGCCGAUUAUUUGAGUAGUGAGGAGUUACAAAAUGCACUGAAUUUGAUCAUCGUGAAGUGUCAAGACGAAUCCUUUCCAGAAUAUAAACUUCUAUUAAAUAAUAAAGAUUUACCGAAAAAGAGUCCGUUACUAAAAUUUAAUGUUUAUCUGGAUGAGAAUAAAAUCAUGCGUGUUGGCGGUCGUCUUGACAAUUCCGAUUUUUCUUUUAGUAAAAAGCAUCCUAUCUUAUUACAGUCCACUCAUUAUGUUACAAGACUAGUUUUUGAAUCUGAACACAAACGGUUGAUGCAUGCUGGUCCCCAAUUGCUACUGGCAUCUAUCCGAGAAACUUAUUGGCCCAUAGGGGGCCGUAAUUUGGCUAGGGCUUGCUACUAUAAAUGCGUGUUAUGCAGUCGUAUGAAGGGUAAGGUUAUUAACCCCUUGAUGGGAAACUUACCACGGCAGCGUCUUUCUGGAUCAUUUCCAUUUGAGAACGUCGGCGUCGAUUACGCGGGUCCCAUUAUGUGCGCUAGUCGUCAAGGUCGUGGAUGUAGAUUGGUGAAGGUGUAUAUUGCGGUAUUUAUCUGUUUUUCCACUAAAGCUAUACAUCUAGAGUUAGUGGGCAACUUGACGAGCAAUCAUUUCUUACUGGUAUUACGUCGAUUCAUAUCGCGCAGAGGAAAACCUGUUAAUCUCUAUUCAGAUAACGGUACUUCGUUUGUUGGUGCAUACAAAGACAUUUCCAAUUUUUUGAAGACUAACUGCAAUUCUUUAGGUGAAAGUCUAUCCAAUGAUGGCAUUACGUUCCAUUUUAUCCCAUCUUAUACCCCUCACUUUGGAGGCCUCUGGGAGGCGGGCGUGAAGUCAACCAAGUACCACUUAGUAAGAGUGUUGGGAAAUUGUCACUUAACGUAUGAGGAGCUUAACACCACACUGACGCAAAUCGAAGCCAUUUUGAAUUCACGGCCUCUGACUCCAUUAUCUUCCAAUCCUGCAGACUGCACUCCUUUGACGCCGGGACACUUUUUAAUCGGAAGACCGCUGACUUGUUUGCCUCAACCGGAUCACCAGGACCGACCCACUCACUCUCUGUCACGUUUUGAACGCAUCGAGCAGAUUCGCCACCAAUUUUGGAACCGGUGGAGUAAAGAAUAUAUUGCCGAGUUGCAGCAUCGAGUAAAGUGGCGAUCGUGUAAGAACGAGUUGAAAUUGGAUUCUCUGGUUGUGGUGAAAGACGACCAGCUACCGCCGCUUAAAUGGAGGUUGGGCAGAAUCGUCGCAGUUCAUCCGGGUCCCGAUGGCAUCGUCCGCGUGGCUGACAUUCGAACGACGACUGGAAUUAUUCGGAGAGCAUUCAGUAAGCUUUGCCCGCUGCCUGUUUCUUCAGAAGCUUGUUGAAAACGCUGUUUUCAACGCCGGGGGGCAUGUUGAAGCGCCUGUCGUCGUAUGCGGAGCAAAUCAUUGUUUUAAUGAGUAGCUAUUACUUUUCCUGCAGGCGCUUUCUUCCUGAGUUUUAGGGCGUGGUUCAACCCCCCUCACAAUAAAUAAGUCAUCAGAAC